UGUCACUUUGCUCAAGUCCAACAAAAUAAUUUUUUGAAGACAAUUUUGUACAUUGAAUCAAGCUCUCAACCCAAUUGACACUCCAAACAUAAUUGAAAACUUCAACUUAGAAUAGGAACCAUGUGUUUUUUUGUUUGCGAUUAUGAUUAAAAAUAACUUUGAAACUGCAACCUCCUAUUAAACUUUCGUGUUUUCCAAAAAAUGAAAACAUUAAACAGAAAGCGAAAACAUAUGUGACAAUAAGAAGGCUUCUAAUUAUCCAUAAAACACUACUCCUGGUUAUGGCUGCCUAUAACUCCAGAAAUACUCAUCUCUGUUCACCAGAGCAGCUUCUAUUUUUUCUCUUCAUGUUCUACAUGUCCUUUCUGUCAGUUUUCUCAUUUGUUUCUCCCUUGUCUUUCAACUUUGACAGCUUCAAUCCAAAUAACCAUGAAAUAAAUUAUGAGGGAGAUGCAUAUCCUGCGGCUGGAGCCAUUCAACUGACCUUAAACGAGCGUGACAAGGACAUGAGCGGGAAGACAGGACGAGCCACCUAUACAGAAUCACUGCACCUUUGGGACAAUGCCUCGGGAAAUCUCGCUGACUUCACUACUCAUUUCUCCUUCGUGAUCUCUACGGCGAACAUUUCAAGUGCAAUCACCGGUGGUGAUGGCCUUGCAUUCUUCCUUGUUCCCAAUGGUUCCCAUAUACCUCCAAACACUGAAGGUGGUGGUCUUGGCCUUGGUCACAGUCUUGCGAGCAACAACCAGACAACUAACUCAACAGGCCCUCCAUUUGUUGCAGUUGAGUUUGAUACAUUUGCAAACCAAUGGGACCCUGACAUUGGCGCUCAUAUCGGUAUCGACAUCAACUCUGUAAGCUCGGUCGCAACUUUGCCUGCUAGUAUUCAUGCUGGGAAAAAAGUCGAUUCUUGGAUUAGUUAUGAUGCUAAAUUAAAUAAUUUGAGUGUACUUUUCAAAGGUUACAAAGCUGAAUUAGAUGGUAUUUACUACAUAAUUAAUCUUAGAAAAUACUUGCCAGAAUGGGUUACUUUUGGCUUCUCAGCUACCACCGGAGCUUCAACUGAGAUACAUUCCAUUUGUUCAUGGUAUUUCAAUUCAUGUUUACAGACUAUUGGGUAUGACAGAAACAAUCAUACUGAUCCGAUUGCAGCCAUGGCAAAGCACACACCACUAUCCCGAGUAGGAACUAACAAGAUAGUAGAAGUUGUGGGAUUGACUUUUGGUGCAACUGUUGUGAUUUUCGGAUUUGUUUUGUCAUCAGUUUACUUAUGGAAAACAAGAGUAAAGAGGGGAAAGGGGAAUGGCGGAAAUCAUCCUGCCUUCAACGCAGCCUUGGACGAUGAAUUUGAGAAAGGAAUGGGUUCUAAGAAGUUUCCUUAUCAUGAGUUGGUUCGCUCGACAAAGAACUUUACAGAGGAGGAGAAGCUUGGAGAAGGAGGGUUUGGUGGGGUGUACAGAGGCUUCUUGAGGGAUUGGAACUCCUAUGUCGCAAUCAAGAGGAUUUCGAGGGAGUCUAGACAAGGGAUAAAGGAAUAUGCAUCAGAAGUGAAGAUCAUUAGCCGAUUGAGACAUAGGAAUUUGGUGCAACUGCUUGGCUGGUGCCAUGACAAAGAACUACUACUUGUUUAUGAGUUCAUGCCAAAUGGCAGCCUAGAUUCCCUUCUCUUCAGGGAAGAAAAUGUAUUGUCAUGGACUGUGAGGUACCAAAUUGCUCAAGGCCUUGCCUCGGCUUUGCUGUAUUUACAUGAAGAAUGGGAACAGUGCGUCAUCCAUAGAGAUGUGAAAUCGAGCAACGUUAUGUUGGAUUCGAGUUUUAAUGCUAGGCUCGGAGAUUUUGGUUUAGCCAGGCUUGUUGACCAUGAAAAAGGACCGCAAACCACAGACUUGGCUGGGACUAUGGGCUACAUGGCUCCUGAAUGUGUCACUUCAGGCAAAGCAAGUAGAGAAUCGGAUGUGUACAGCUUUGGGAUUGUGGCUCUGGAAAUAGCCUGUGGAAGAAAACCAAUUGACCCAAAUGCCAAAGAGAGUCAGAUAGUGCUGGUGGAGUGGGUUUGGGAACUCUAUGGAGUAGGACAGAUUCUUGAAGCUGCAGAUCCGAAACUAUGUGCAGAAUUCGAUAAUCGAGAGAUGGGACGUUUGAUGAUCAUCGGGCUGUGGUGUGCUCACCCGGAUUUCAGUAAGCGGCCUUCCAUAAGGCAAGCAAUUCAUGUCCUUACUUUUGAAGCACCAGUGCCCAUUCUCCCAUCGAAAAUGCCUGUGCCAACAUAUUUUGCUCCUCCACUGAACAUGCUUUCAUCUUCAUUUUAA